UACAGGGAAGGCAGGGUCCUUUCUUGGGGCGGUCGCGCAGGCAGCGGCUGCGAGUAGCCGGACUCAGGGCGCAAUGUACUACAAGUUUAGUGGCUUCACGCAGAAAUUGGUGGGAGCAGGGGCUUCCGAUGCCUAUAGCCCGCAGGGGUUAAAGCCUUUGGUUUCCACAGAAGCACCGCCUAUCAUAUUCGCCACACCAACGAAACUGACCUCCGAUUACACUGCGUAUGACUAUGCUGGGAGGAACAAAGUCCCAGAGCUACAGAAGUUCUUCCAGAAAUCCGACGGCGUGCCCAUCCACCUGAAACGGGGCCUGCCUGACCAAAUGCUCUACCGGACCACCAUGGCGCUGACGGUGGGAGGGACCAUCUACUGCCUCAUCGCCCUCUACAUGGCUUCGCAGCCCAGGAACAAAUGAGUGGGGCUGCAGAGGACUGGUUUUUGGCAUAAACCCUUUGAAUUUUUAUUGUUUCUGUAAAAAAAUUUUUUUUUUUUACUUGAAUGGCCUUAACAUUUUGCAAGAAAAAAAUAGAAUGGUAAUAAGACAGUAUUUGAUUUGUUUAUGAAAUGCACAUGGCCUGAGAGGGCUCAUUCAGCAGGUAAAACUGUUGUUCAAAGAAAUGCUGCUGCUCUCUGAGUCUGCGCCCUCGGGCUCCCUGGAGGCUCCGGGCGGAGGCUGCAUACAGGCUCACUAAUGGCAGCCUGUGCCGAGGUCCUUGGGGACUCACGGCCGCCUUGUUGAGCGUGAGGUGCAGGAGCCUCUCUGAUUUGGAUGUGUGUGAGGACGGAAGACAAAAGCCAAGGCCAGGUGCACGAAACAAGGGGCUUGAGUUUGUAGUUUACCUUGGGGAUUUUCCCAUCUUGCCGUAAAACGUUAACAUAUUAUUUGCAGCGUGCUUCUGUUCAUUGGGCAGUUUGUUUCAAAGGGUUAUUUGCCUCAUCUCAGAUCUUUAGUAAAUUUUAUGUGUCAUUAUUAUGUAUUUAUUCCACCAUGGGAACAGAACACCUGUUUAGUGUUGCAUUGUAGACUGAUGUCUGUUUUAUUAAUGAAGCUGUGACACAGAGUCCCCUUUACCUUUUAAAAAUGUUAUGACUUUUAAAUUAUGAUUUAUUUUGAUUGUGGAAUAAAUACAUGAAUGAAAAAUUUCAAA